AUGUCUGACCAGGACAUCGAAGCAUUACUGAAUGGAUCCAUUGAUGACACUGAAAUUGCGGACAGUGACCUGGAUGACCCAGAAUUACUUAAUCAACUUCAGGCCCUGUCAUCCUUGAGUGGAGGACCAAAACAAGUGAAAAAUACACCCAAACGAACGGUGGAUAUGCAUGUCGAUAUUGAUGCUUAUGCCGCUCUUGCGGAUGAAAAGGAGAUUGAAGUAGAAUUUGAUGAAAACGAUCUUCAUGACCCGCAUUUACUUAGUGAGUUAUCACGGCUGUCUGGAGGUGAUCAAGAAGAUAUACCAAUGGGAAAUAGUGAUCCUACACCAGAAGAUCAUGCUUCAGAUAUCAAGGAUUCAGUAAUGUCGGCAGAUGAGGUUCAACAACAAAUAUCACAUUACCAUAAAUUAGCUCUUGCAGCAAAAAAGCAAGGAGAUAAGCAAUUGGCCAUUACUUAUCUUCGCCAAUCCAAGGCAUUAGCACAAAAAUAUCCUGAUAUUUCCAAACCCACUACUAUAUCAACGGCCUCGCAACCACCAAAGUCUACUUCACCACCACCUCCACCACCUCCACCAAAAGAUAUACAGGAAUCACAGAAACCACAAGAGGUACAUGAGCUACCAAUUGCUCCUCGAAAAGAAAGUACUCCAGUUACAUCCAACUCUUUACCCACACAAUCACCCAAACAAGAAAAUGAAUCACAAGAUAAUAUUCAGGCCAAAACACGCCAAUUGUUAGCAUUGGUCGUUAAACGUCAAAAGGAAUACAAGGAGGCUGGAUUACAUUACAAAAAAAUAGGUAAUAUGUCAGUAGCCAAAGAAAUGAUUCGACAAUCCAAAGAUCUAUUGCGUAUUGGUGUUCAGCUAAACCAAGGAAAAGUUGGUGAUCUUGAUGCACUUGAAAAAUCAAUUGUACCUGAACCCAACAUGGAUCUCGGAGAUGGUAAGAUCCGUACUCUCAAUCCAGUAACCAACAGUCUUGUCAAUAUGGAACAAUUGGAGGCCCAACUCAAUUAUCAAAUCGAUGUGUGCCACAACCUUGCAUCCCAACACGCCACACCUACAACUUCUUCCAAAUUACUGUGUGAAUCGAACGUUUUUCAUCAGCUUGAGAAAGCACUUGCUGCCGAUCAAGUGAUUUUGAGCUCAGCUACUUCUACACCUCCUUUCCAUUUUGAACAAGUCCAAUACACUUAUAAGAACAGUCUGGACCAUGUCCCAGCUAGUCAAAUGGAGUUCAAGAUUGGAAAGGCUACAGGCCUACAGACAUUGGGUGUAGCCUCUGUCCUGGAGCCUUUUGUGACUUAUGAUUUUGGUGGCUGGCCACCUGAGAACUCUGCUCAGGCUGCAUUGGGUAAAGGUGAAACAGCUGUUCAAAGGGGUACCGAACCCGACUUUGAGUUUAGUGUCCAAAUUCCCAUCAGCCGUACAAACCGGGCAUUUUUACGAUAUCUUCAACGCAAGAAACUUGCUAUUGAAGUCUGGCACAACAAGUACAGCUAUGGCUUGUUCCGUCGACCAGUAUCACUUGGCAAGGUUUUAUUGCCUAUGGAACGCCUUUUGACAAAGACAUCUAUUGCCGGUAACUUUGACAUUCUAGAUGGAGGACGUAAGAAGACAGGGGCUCAGAUUCAUAUUGAAGUGAACGUCAAGGAACCUUUGGCUGGGAGUGAUAUUGUUAAACGAUCAGAGCAAUGGCUAGUAAUCGACGGGUUCCGUCACCCAACAUUACAGCUCUUAGCAUCAGCAGGGUUGAUUUCUGGUGAUGCAAGUGCAACUGUUUCAUCGGUUACGGCCAGUGCGACUGCUGCAAUGCCUACAACUACACCUACAUCAAUUGCUGCUGCCGCUAUUCUUACAACUCCAACCCCUUCUUCGCCUCUAGCUACCCCUACCGCUACCCCUACUCCUGCUCCUGCUCCUGCUCCUGCUCCUGUGUCAUUACCAGUAAAUGAAACCGCAGACGCUGCUUUGGAAGAAGCGAUUGAAGAACUAAACAAUCCGGAAAGUCUUGUAUCCAACAUGGUUCUUGACUUUGAAAUUAAAAAGGUUGAUGCUGCAUUAGCCAAACAGUCUACUGAGGCUUUGUUGGAUCGCAAACAGCAAUUGGAAAUUAAGAUGAACAUGCUAAUUAUACAAGUUCAGACUGGAAUGCUUGACAUGGAUACAUAUCUUUCUGCUGUCCAGACUCGUAUGGAUCGUGAUCGGCAAUUGGCUGUGUUGUUCAAACAACAUAAACGUCUAGAUCUUGCCAAAGAAGCUCUAAUGCGUAAGAAGUUGAUGCAAGAUGAGUUAACAGAAGCCAGGGAAGCCAUGGCAGCACAACAAAAUGAAGAUUAA